CCACACUCUCUCGGUACCCAGUUCAAGUACUCAGCACUACAGCAGCCUCCUGUUCACUCUCAGUGCCUGUCCACCACUUCCAUCUCUUCGAUCAAAAUGAGGACCGCUCACUUCAUCGCUAUCGCUGUCUCGCUGCUUGCUGCAGCCACCUUCGUCGCAGCCACCGGAUACUCCUCCAGCCUCAUCAAUGACUGCGAUUUCGACGUCAAGGUCGACAUCGUGCUCAUCCCUGGUCUGCAGCUCGGGUCGCUGGGUCUCAUCACCGUCGUUGCGCACACCGUCCAGUCCGUGCUGUACACCAUAACGGGCCUCGUCUCCAGCCUGCUCGGCCUGACCUGGAAGAUCUCCGCUGUGAUCGACGGGGUCUUGUGCACCGUCAACGUGCUGGUGCCCGUCAAUGGGACGGUUCACAUUGUCCAGACGGCGGUUGGCACAGUCGCAGUCCUCGUCAACAACGUGGUCAAGGGCUACCUUCUUCAAUAAUCUACAAUCAGAAGAUGACGGUUGGAAACAGGUCGAGUGAUUCAUUGGGGACACCAAUCAUAAAGAAUUUAGUGUUUUUCAUCUACUAUCGGACCUUCCUAGGACUUAGAACGAAUUGUUAAGAUGUAUAAGCUCUUCUGUUGAAAUUCAUACGUCAGCAUAUGUAUAGGAUUAAAGCCCUUCACCAGGGCAAUGAUUCCUUACUUCUUACAGAAA